AUGGGGAGCCCCCGGGAAAGCCCCGUCCGGCAGCACUACGGGGGGCAGCUGGGCAGCAGCGGGGAAACUUCUUUUGUUGCUUUAAAGGGCAGCAGCAACGAAGAAGAAGGAGAAGAAGAAGAAGAACCAGAAGAACCAGAAGAAGCACCAGCAGCAGCAAAGAAAGAACCCGCAGCUGCUGCAGCAAAAAGCGAGGAAGCCAAGUCCGAAACGGAGACAGAAAAAGAAAUUGAAAGCAGCGAAACAGAACCCAAGGGGGGCCCCACAGAGGGCCCCCAUGGGGGCCCCAAGGAGGGGCCCCAAGGGGGCCCCCAGGGGGGCCCCGAGGGGGGCCCCCCCAAGGGGGCCCCCGAGGAGGAGAGGCCCCAGAAUGCGCCGACUCUGAUAAUGCUGCCCGAACUGGAGCCAGAUGCAUGCGAAAAUGUUAAAGACCCUGUGGCUUGCAUGCAAAAGCCAGGUUGUUUUCAAGAUUUUAUUUAUGGAGUUUGUUUCUUUAAUUGCACUGCUGUAGAGACACCCGAGGAGUGCAACAAACAUGCCUUCUGCAGGUUCGAGACCCAGGUGCCCCAGAACGCAUGCGUCAACGAAGUUUGCUGCUGCUGA